AUGCUGCCAGAUGCCUGUAUUCCAUGUGAAGAUAGUCCUCUUUCCAUCACAGGGAGCAUCCUCACCAUCUUAACAUUUGUGUAUGCCCUGGUUGUCAGCGCAGCGUUUUACCUGCAUCGUUUACACCGUGCCAACGAAGAGACAUAUACGAUCUUUGAGAGAACAGCAGAGGAUAUCGUCGAGCAAUCUGUUGAGAUUCAAGCUUUUUCUUCGGCGUAUUUAACCGGUUCGUUCCAGCAUGAGGACAGGGUGCUCCAAACUCGCAUGCAACGGCUUCUUAAGCGCACAGAGGAACCACUACAGAUCAUGCAAGAUUUUGCCAGCAAAUACGUAUUGGACUUCAAGCCUGACCCAAGAUUGUUCGAGAAGCGAUUUUUCGGGCGCGCAAAAUUUGCGGUAAAUUCCGAGAGUAUGCGCAGGACGCAUCUAGAGCUGGACAGGUUAAGGAAAGAGUUAAGGAGCCUCGAAGUUCAGAUUUUGAUCAGGCAUCAACAAAGGACAUUAAGGGAGCAGCAAGAAAUCCUCCGAAAGCUUUACGAAUCGGGCGCACAGUCACUGGAUGAUAAAGAUGAAGGGCUUGCAGUUGAUGCUGGGAAUUCCAAAAUAAGUCAAUAG